UAUGAUGACAUAAAGUUCUCUAUAUAUUCUACCUACACUACCCGAUCAGUUUUCAUACAAAUCAACCUCAAACGCUUUUUAAAUUUUCCCUAAAGACCGGCCAGCAUAUCAAUGGCACAGAAAAGCAAGAUCUUGAUCAUCGGAGGGACCGGAUACAUCGGAAAGUUCAUCGUGGAGGCAAGCGUGAAAGAGGGAAACCCGACUUUCGUUUUGGUUAGAGAAAACACAACCAAACAUCCAGAAAAAGCCAAGCUCAUUGACAGUUUUAAAACACUCGGUGCCACAAUUCUAUAUGGUGAUAUCCAUGAUCAUGAAAGUUUGGUGAAGGCAAUCAAGCAUGUUGAUGUUGUGAUCUCGACGAUAGGUGGCGAACUGGUAGCUGAUCAAGUCAAGCUCAUUGCAGCCAUUAAAGAAGCAGGAAAUGUAAAGAGAUUUCUACCUUCGGAAUUUGGAACCGAUGUCGACCAUGUCAAUGCCGUCGAACCAGCCAAGAGCACCUUUGCGGGAAAGGCGAGCAUUCGUAGAGCUGUCGAAGCUGCAGGUAUCCCACACACUUUUGUAUCAUGCAAUGGUUUUGCGGGCUACUUUUUACCCACCGUGGGGCAAAUGGACACGUACACCGCCCCUAGAGAGAAGAUCACCAUCCUUGGAGAUGGAAACCCGAAAGCUGUUUUUGUCAAAGAAGAGGAGAUAGCUUUAACUACCAUAAAAGCAGUUGAUGACCCGCGUACAUUGAACAAGACAUUGAUAUUCAGACCUCCAGGCAACACAUUGUCGUUUAAUGAAAUUGUUUCCAUAUGGGAAAGCAAGAUUGGCAAGACCCUCGAGAAAACAUAUGUUACUGAGGAACAAGUUCUCAAGAAUAUCCAAGAGGCUCCAUUCGGGUUAAGCAUUGUCUGGUCCAUAAUGCAUUCUGUAUUGAUCAAUGGAGAUGCAACAAACUUUGAGAUCGAACCUUCGUUUGGCGUGGAGGCUAGCGAGCUUUAUCCAGAUAUAAAAUACACCACUGUUGAUGAGUAUCUUGCUCAAAUUGCUUAAAGAUCUAUCUUUCCUUCAUCUACCUGAAUAAUCAUUGUUAAUGAUUAUAUUUUCCUUGUUGAACGUGUGAUUUAGUUUGCAUAAUAUUGUGUAAUGGACACAUUUGUAAUGGUUGGGUGUUUGUAUAUCAUAUCUCAAAUUCUAUCCCUA